AUGCUAAUGCCUACCAGAGGGGGGAUCCUUCUGGAGGGGGCUGUGGCGGACUGGCGCCAGAGCGGCGCGGAGACAUCAAGUGCAGCUCGGACACCUGGCCCAUUUACAUUUCACUCUUUCUUUUACCUGCAUCCAGUUAUCUUCAGAAUGGCGAAGACAAACAACUCUGCUGGGAAGGAGCUUCAGCCCAGGCCAAGAUCAGAGCUUUGGCAUGAAGGUCCUCAAUACUUCUCCCGGGGAAUCUAACCUCCUCUUCUUUCCAAGACUCUGCAAGGGACUCUCUCGUUUGGCGCUUAUGAUAGUUUGCUGUGCUUUCUCUCCCCUGUUGGGCCACACUCCCUGGGGCAGCGCUGGGCUGCAGGGCUCAUGUCUGGUAUGGUGGAAGCUCUAGCGCUCAGCCCCUUUGAAAGAGUGCAAAAUGUGUUUCAGGAUGCUGGCAAGCAAGCUCGCUUCCCCAGCACCUUUAGCAUUCUCAAGGCAUUCAACUCUUAUGGCUUUGGGGGGCGGCUGUCACUGGGCUGUUAUCGUGGUUUCUGGCCUGUCCUUGUCAGAAACAGCUGGGGGAGCGCUCUCUAUUUCUCCUUUAAGGAUCCUAUCCAGGAUGGCUUGGCAAAGCAAGGCCUGCCCCACUGGAUUCCUCCUUUGGUGUCUGGCAGUGUCAGUGGAACAAUCACCUGUCUAGUUCUGUAUCCUCUGAUUGUGCUGGUUGCCAAUAUGCAGUCUCACAUUGGUUUGCAGAGAAUGCCAAGCUUGUGGGCCUCUGCCCAGGAUGUGUGGGACACUCGGGGUAGAAAGGUACUCCUGAUUUACAGAGGAGGUUCUCUGGUUAUCCUAAGGUCCAGUGUGACAUGGGGCCUCACUACUGCUAUCCAUGAUUUCUUGCAGAGGAAGUCUCACUCCAAGAAAGAGCUGAAAGACUGA